AAGCAGUUACUAUCCCUAUCAAGUAGACGGCUGUGUGGUUUUUUUUGUACGUGAAAGGAGGAGGGGAAAGGGGGAUUUGUUUUGUGUUUCUGUGACUGAGGUGGAGAUUUGUGUAUGGGAGGGGAGACGUCGCUGGUUUUUGGAAAAUAAAAGAAUAAUAUAAAGAGAGAGAGAGAGAGCAGGCUUGCUUUCAACCCACCCCCCUUCCCCUGUUGUUUUGUUUUGCAUUGAUGAUCCGCUUUCCUUUCAAACAUUCCUUCUACCCCUGUAGCAAGUGUCUCGUCCAGUCGUGCAUACGAAAAUUGGUGCAGUAUAUUGCCGUGUUGCGUUCCGCUCCACCCUCAGUACAGCCAAGUACAAGCGAGGCGAAGCGAUGGUCUGUAGUCAGCUUCCAGUCUUUGCUGCCUUCUGCCUUCUCGUUUUGCGGACCCAGUUUUCCCAGGCUUCUGGGCAGUUCGAGUUGCAGAUAAACUUUAUGCAGAAUGCUAACGGCGAGUUGCAGAAUGGGAAUUGUUGUGAAGGCAGUAGCAGAAACCAAGACCGCCAGUGCGUGCGGGCUCAGUGCAACACAUUCUUCAAAGUCUGCCUCAAGGAGUAUCAGUCCCGUGUCUCCCCCGGCGGACCCUGCAGCUUCGGAUUCUCCUCGACCCCGGUCAUCGGAGGGAAUACCUUUAACUUGAGGGCGGGAGGCAGCAACACAGAACGCAGGAUUGUACUGCCCUUCAGUUUCGCUUGGCCGCGGUCAUACACUUUGAUUGUGGAAGCCUGUGACUACAAUAACGAUACCAGUCCAGGAGAUACCAUAGAGAAGGCUGUUUACUCUGGAAUGAUUAACCCUAGCCACCAGUGGCAAACCCUACGACACAAUGGUGCAGUCGCCCACUUUGAAUACCAGAUCAGGGUGAUGUGUGACGAGCACUACUACGGCUUUGGAUGUAACAAGUUUUGCAGGCCCAGGGACGAUUUCUUCGGACACUACACCUGCGACCACAACGGGAACAAGACCUGCCUGGAGGGCUGGAUGGGGCAUGACUGUAAUAAAGCAAUCUGCCGCCAGGGCUGCAGCCCUGAGCAUGGAUCCUGCAAGGUACCUGGGGACUGCAGGUGCCAAUAUGGUUGGCAAGGCUUGUAUUGUGAUAAAUGCAUUCCUCACCCAGGAUGUGUCCAUGGAACAUGCAUUGGACCAUGGCAGUGUCUCUGUGAAACUAACUGGGGUGGGCAGCUAUGCAACAAAGAUUUAAAUUACUGUGGAACACACCAGCCUUGUCUGAAUGAUGGAACGUGCAGCAACACCGGUCCUGACAAAUACCAUUGUACCUGCUCUGAUGGUUAUUCAGGACAAAACUGUGAAAUAGCUGAACAUGCCUGUAUCUCUGACCCCUGUCAUCAUGGGGGAAGCUGUUCUGAAACCGCCGUGGGGUUUGAAUGCCUCUGUGCUCCUGGUUGGACAGGCCCGACUUGUAACAUCGAUAUCAAUGACUGUGCUCCGAACCCUUGUGCCCAUGGUGGCACAUGCCAGGAUUUGGUCGAUGGCUUCAAAUGUGUUUGCCCACAACAAUGGACUGGCAAAACGUGCCAGCUAGAUGCCAAUGAGUGUGAGGGAAAGCCUUGUGUCAAUGCCAACUCCUGUCGCAACCUGAUUGGUGACUACUACUGUGAUUGCAUGCCUGGAUGGAGUGGGAAAAACUGUGAUUUGGAUGUUAAUGAUUGCCACGGGCAGUGUCAAAACGGGGGAAGCUGCAAGGAUUUAGUUAAUGGUUACCGCUGUAGCUGCCUGCCUGGUUUUGCUGGUGAUGACUGUGAGAAGGACAUCAAUGAAUGUGAAAGUAGCCCAUGUCUCAAUGGGGGUCACUGCCAGGAUGAGGUCAAUGGAUUCCAAUGUCUGUGCCCUGCUGGGUUCUCGGGAAACCUGUGUCAGCUGGACAUUGAUUACUGUGAACCGAACCCAUGUCAGAACAGAGCUCAAUGCUUCAAUCUGGCCAACGAUUACUUCUGCAGCUGUCCCGACGAUUAUGAAGGGAAAAAUUGUUCCCAUUUGAAAGACCACUGCCGUACGACUCCCUGUGAAGUUAUUGACAGCUGCACCGUUGGCAUAGCGUCCAACAGUACGCCUGCAGGGAUUCGCUACAUCUCCUCGAAUGUCUGUGGGCCUCAUGGGAAAUGCGAGAGUCAGGCAGGCGGAAAAUUCACUUGUGACUGCAAGGAGGGGUUCACAGGCACUUACUGCCAUGAAAAUAUUAAUGACUGUGAGAGCAAUCCUUGUAAAAAUGGUGGGACCUGCAUUGAUGGAGUCAACAUCUAUCAGUGUAUAUGCCGUGAAGGAUGGGAAGGUGUACUUUGCCAGAUCAAUAUUAAUGACUGUAGUGUAAACCCCUGCCAGAACGGAGGCAAAUGUCAAGAUCUGGUGAAUGACUUCUACUGUGAAUGCAAGAAUGAUUGGAAAGGCAAGACAUGUCACUCUCGGGAUAGCCAGUGUGAUGAAGCCACCUGUAAUAAUGGCGGGACUUGUUACGAUGAAGGGGAUACAUUUAAGUGUAUGUGCCCUCUUGGUUGGGAUGGUGCCACCUGCAACAUAGCAAGAAACAGUAGCUGUUUGCCAAAUCCUUGUCAGCAUGGUGGGACUUGUGUGGUCAGUGGAGAUAGCUUCACGUGCGUCUGCAAGGAGGGUUGGGAAGGAUUCACGUGUUCACAGAAUACAAAUGACUGCAGUCCUCACCCAUGUUACAACAGUGGCACGUGUGUGGAUGGUGAGAACUGGUAUCGAUGUGAAUGUGCUCCUGGCUUUGCUGGACCAGAUUGCCGAAUAAACAUUAAUGAGUGCCAGUCCUCACCCUGUGCGUAUGGGGCUACAUGUGUGGAUGAAAUUAAUGGCUAUCGCUGUAUCUGCCCUCCAGGUCGAAGUGGCAUAAGAUGUCAAGAAGUUACAGGGCGAGCUUGCAUUCUGAAAGAUAGCGUUGUGUCCCAUGGAGCUAAGUGGGAAGAGGACUGCAAUGGAUGUCAUUGUCAUAACGGCAGAGUUACGUGCACAAAGAUGUGGUGUGGGCCUAAACUUUGCAGGAUUCAUGGGAAAGGCCGGGGCACUUGCCCAGCAUGGCAAACCUGUCUCCCUAUCCAGGAAGACCACUGCUUUGUUCCUCCGUGCGCAGGCUCAGGCGAAUGCUCGUCCACCCGGCUGCCAAUGAAGACUAAGUGCCAGCCCAACACUGAUUACCUGGACAGUACCUGCGCCAAAAUAACACUCGCCAUCAACAAGGAAAUGCUACAACCAGGUGUUACCAUUGAACAAAUUUGCGUGGAACUGAGGCGCCUGCAGGUCUUGCGUAACCUCUCGGUGGAAUAUUCACUCUACCUUGUUUGUGAGCAAACCCACUCUGCAUCAAAUGAAAUUAAUGUGGCAGUAUCGGUGGAAAAUUCACUCCAGGAAACUAAUCUGAUCAAAGAUAUAACGGAGAAAAUCACAGACGUCGUCAGUAAACGCGAUGGGAACAACACAAUUCUUGCAGCGAUCACUGAGGUUCGAGUCCAAACCUUGCACAAACCUCUCAAACCAGAUUUCCUGGUCCCCCUGCUGAGCUCGGUGAUCACCGCGGUUUGGAUUUGCUGCUUUGUGUUGCUGUUUUUCUGGUGGAUACGCCGUCGAAGGAAGCGCAGCAGCCCCACUCCCACGGCCUCUGAUGACACCACCAACAACGUCCGAGAGCAGUUGCAUCAAAUAAAAAACCCCAUCGAAAAGCACGGGAUGAAUAGUUCUGGCAGCAAAGACUACGAAAAUAAAAAUUCGAAAAUUGCCAAAAUAAGGACGCAUAAUUCAGAGCUGGAAGAAGUGGAUGUUGACAAGCACCAGCAAAAGACCAGGUUUUCCAAGCAGCCUGCGUACACACUGGUAGACAGAGAUGAAAAGCUGACACAAGGCACUCCUACAAAGAAUCCGAAUUGGACAAAUAAACAAGAUAACAGAGACUUAGAAAGUGCACAGAGCUUGAGUCACAUGGAAUACAUUGUAUAGUAGUCAGCGGUGCUGGCUAAUUAAUAUUAAAAUGAUGCGCAGCCUUUUGCUGUCAAUGAAGGCUGAAAGUCAUAGUCCUUGAGUUGUUCUGUAAUAUGAGUGUAAAGGGUAUUAUCGACAAAGAAUCCCUAUAUAUUUUCGAGUUGAGACAAACUGACUUACACAGGCAUUGAUAGUUGCUGUGGUUGGCUGAGAGUACACAAAGCUGCUGCUCGCCUCUCUGCAAAAACUACUCAAAGUGCCCAAAUGUAAAUUCAGUUGCUGUUAAUGCAUUGCUGGACCAUUCUGUAAUGAAAUCGCAGUCUGAUUAGGAUUCCUCGCCCUUUGCAAACUGAAACCCAGUUGUAGGUGUUUGCCUGCUCCAGUUUAAUUUAAGAUGGUGAAUUGUUAUUUAUUUUUUACUGGCUCUGAUCUCAGUAUUGUUAAGUUAUGUAUAAUAGGUUUGACUUUGUUAGUCUGGUUUUGAAAGUGCCUAUGCAGCUGGAAAACCACAGCAAUCAUCAACAUCCAGGAUGAUUUUUCUUUUGUUGGGGGGGCACAAUGUCAGCAGUUGCUGUUCAGAUGAAGAAUUUAAUAAGAGGCCAAGUGUUUGAUUUUGUAUAAAUGUAAAUACUUUUUUUAAUUAAUCACUGUGUAUAUUUGAUUUAAUAACUUAAAUAAUCAAGAGCCUUAAAUACCAUUCCUUUUAUUUAUAUGUAUGUUUAGAUUUGAAGGUUUUUGAUAGCUUUGUAAGCUUAUGGCUUCUUUAUUUUUGAUGAAUUGUUUGUGUUUCAGUAAUGUUGCCUCCAUGCCAAAUUUGAGGUGUGCUGUAGCUACAGUCUAGAUUAUUUCGCACUAGCAAUGGCCACGUGCCUCUGAACUGUUGUACAAUGUCGGACGUUUUGGGUCAGUUUCUAUAUCACUCCAAGCUUUUUUUUUGGCCAGGAUAUUUUUUAUAUACAUCAAUUUGAAACAAGCGGAGAGCAUUAGACUAGAAUGCUUUGAUACUUGCUGCUUUAGAAUUUAAAACAUUUUGAGUGACAGGCAAGCAGACUGCGACAAAAUACACACAUAAGGGAACAAAUUAACCUAUUUACCUUUUGUGUAACUGAAAUGAGUGGUUGCAUGUACAAAAAAAUUAAAAACUACAUGGAAUAUUUCUAGGUAGUGCAUUUGAAUUAAAAAGCACAGCGCAACAUUGUUUUGUAAAUCCUGAUCUUUCACCCUGGAUAUAAUGUUGAACCACUUGUAGACUGAUUUUUGUAAUAACCUACCUGCAAUUAGGAAGUAUUCUAAUAAUAAGCUAGCUGUUGAAUACUUGAAUGGUAGAGUUUUCCAGUGAGAUCACUAUGUUGAAAUGCCCAGUCUCACUGCCUGUCUUAGCUGAGGGAAUCCAAGUGUUUAUAUCUAUUCUGAACUGAAAAGGCUCUUAAACAUGGUAAUCUCAUUGGUAAAACCUUAUCUUGAUGUUUUCUUGUGUAUUGUGACAUUAGUGUUAUGUGAACAUGAGGAUGCAUCUCUGUUGCUCCUGGCAAUAAAUUUUGGAAAUUAAUAUUUAUUAAAUAUUUUGAUACACAAGCAAUUACUCCUGUGUGCUUUAUUUUCCAGAUGUGCAUCAGUUCGAGCAUGUGUCCCUUGCAUUUGUCCGGUUCUGAAAUUUUCUUCCGACUAGAUUACAAAAAUGUCAUUGAUAAUGCGGGUACUUCUGUACUUUAAGAAAUCAAAUGCUGACCUGUACAGUGUGCUGCAACUAACUCAAAUGUUUUAGAAUUGUAAUGUAUCAUUUGGUUAGAAAAGUGCUGCACUAUUAGCGACCAGCUUUUCGUUGUGUAGAUUGGCCAAUUUCAUGAGUGAGUUACUUUAAAUUUUUCUGGAAACCUUCUCUUGCGCAUUCUUGCAUUGGAUGUAGAUGGCUGGUUGCUAUUUUCUGACCAACUGAAUGGACGUAUCAUCAUUUCAAAGUGGGCAAGUUGCUGCAUUCCUCAGGCUACUUGUUUCUUUAAGCUACCUGCAAGAGUCUUUGCUGUCUAGUAUAUAGCUGGUUCAUGAGAUGACUUCCAUUAAUUUGGUUCAUAGUUGCAUUAAAUGUUUUAUCAAGCAACUUGUAUGUUACUUAGAAGUUUAUACUGUCCAGCUUCUCCCAAUUUAUGUAAUAAUCAUCACUACCUGCCAACUGUUUAAAUUCUCUGUAACUUGUCUGUAUGUUGUGACUUGUGCCCGUUUUCUGGAAAA